AAAUCACGCCCCAGUCUCAUCAUUCCUGAGUUGCUGACGAUUUGAAAUUGGCUUAGUAAACAAUUGAUUUUGUUUCGUGUUGGUAGAUGGGUAAACCUACUUAUUGCAUAUAAAAUAAUAUAUUAUGAUGAAAAUGGGUUGGUGCUAUCAAUGGUGGGUUUUACUGUUCCUGAUGAGUGGUUGUGAAAUUUUACAGAAGGUUUCAUCUCUUAAAUGUUACGAAUGCGCAGAAAGUGAGCCAAACUCUUGUGGAAAAAUGUUUCAAGCUGAUGUUGUAACUAUAACAGACUGUCAAUAUUCCAUCUACACUACCGACACACUUAGUAUGAAGAAGGAGUAUGCCUGUAUGCUAUUGGAAGAAAUUGAUGUUGCAAGCAACCUUUCCACAUUCACCAGAAGAUGCAGCGUAAAAAAUCUUAACGACACUUGCGAGAAUAUCGUCCUCAAAAACGAAGAUGUACGACCUCAAAUAAGAACAAACUGUAGACAAUGUGAAACAGACUUGUGUAAUUCCUCAACAAUUCUAAACAUUCGCAUAAUUAGUAGUGUUGUGUUACUAUUAGUAACUUGUUUUGUUUAGAAUAUUAUAAAUUAAUUUUUUCGAAAAAAAAUCUCGGUACCUAAGUUAUAACAUAAAUAUUCCUUGGAAAACAGACAGUAAACUUUUUAUCUCCAUCGGGUGUUUAUGGCUGUAUAAAAUUUAUAUUCUGAAACUUGCAAGGUCGUCGUAAUAUAAGUAGGUAUCCCCGGAAAAAAAAUUGUUCCAAAAGAAAUUUCGUGAUCCGGAGAAGUUUAUAACUCUAUUUAUGGUUAGACCCAAAACCCAGCCAAACAAACUUUUUUUCGAGACAAUAGAUGCUUUAUAAAAU